CGGGCAUCCAGACUGGGGCGAAGCCAUGUCGGACCUGGGCUCGGAGGAGUUGGAAGAGGAGGGAGAGAAUGAUCUUGGGGAGUAUGAAGGGGAACGGAAUGAGGCAGGUGAACGGCACGGACACGGGAAAGCGAGACUGCCCAAUGGGGACGUAUAUGAAGGGAACUAUGAGCAUGGUAAAAGACAUGGCCAGGGGAUCUACAAAUUUAAAAAUGGUGCUCGGUACAUCGGAGAAUAUGUUAGAAACAAAAAGCACGGCCAAGGCACGUUCAUCUACCCAGAUGGAUCGAGAUAUGAAGGGGAGUGGGCAGAUGACCUUCGGCAUGGCCACGGCGUGUACUACUACGUCAACAACGACACCUACACUGGAGAAUGGUUUGCCCACCAAAGGCACGGGCAGGGUACCUACUUCUAUGCAGAGACAGGCAGCAAGUACGUGGGUGCCUGGGUGAAUGGCCAACAGGAGGGCGCAGCUGAGCUCAUCCACCUGAACCACAGGUACCAGGGCAAGUUCUUGAACAAAAACCCUGUUGGCCCUGGAAAGUACGUGUUUGAUAUUGGAUGUGAACAGCACGGGGAGUAUCGCUUGACUGACGUGGAAAGAGGAGAAGAGGAGGAGGAGGAGGAGACACUGAUAACUGUCAUUCCAAAAUGGAAAGCCACCAAAAUCACAGAGCUGGCCUUGUGGACCCCGACCCUCCCCCAGGAGCAGCCCGCUGCAGACAGACCAGGCCAGCAGGAGGCCCCAGGAGCUGAGGGUGGGGGCGAGAUGGCGGAGGAGGUCCAGCCUCUGACCGAUGUGUCAGAGGGGGAGUUAGAGUCGACGCGGCCUGGAGAGGAGGAGGGAGACGCCAGUAGAGAGGACCGAGAGGAAUUCCAAUAUGACAGCUUAGACCAGGGAAACGUUAGUUUUGAAGAAGAGGAAGGCAGACAGUCAGAACUGCUAGAAUAA